AUGGAUAAUGAAAACUAGCUUCAAAAAUAUACAACAUUUUCUUAGUCUAAGACUCAAAGAUCAACAAGCUUUAAUCAGAACUCUUAGAAAAAAGAAAUUGCUAAGUAACUCAAACCUUAAGCUAUGUUAAAAAAAUUAGAAGAAAUCCUUUCAUAAAGACAAUCAAAAUUUAAUUAGGAGUAAUUAAAAAAGAAAAAGGGUGUUUAAUGCAAGGUUGAUUACACUGAAAGGAUAUAAGGAAAAAAAAGUGUUUAGAAAUUGUUGGAAGAUGGAAAAUGCAAAACCGAUCUACAAAAUUUUGUUACUGAAAAAAAAGAAAGGAAAAGUGCUUAUCCCAACAUUAAAUCUUUAUAGCCAUCUGCCCAAAAUUUAUUUGAUAUAUUUUCUCAUGAUUGCAAUAGCAGAAAUCCUACUAGCACAAAUAGAAGCAGAAAGUGUGAGAUAUCUCCAAAAAAAGGAAGAGCUAAUUCAAUUAUUGAAGGAUAAAAUGGGAGUGAAAGAGAUAAAUUGACAUUGAUCUAAUUGAAUUAACAUUUAUAAAUGUAGAAUCACCAUUUAAAUGAAUAACUAAGAUUUGAAUAAAGUUAGAGCACUAAAUUAAGUUUAUAAAUAAUCAGUAUGAAUGAUUAAAUUACAGUGUUAACGAAGUAUUCUAUAUUUUUGUUUAGGAAACUAUUGGACUACAGAGAUGAGGAAAAUGAUGAUAUAAUGAGAUCAUUAAAAAGCUAAUUAGAUAUGAUUAGACCUGAAUAUUAUAAAUAAUAAGAAUCUAUUGUAAAUUUGGAAAGUUAACUGAUAGCAUAUCAAAAUAUUGAAAAAGAAAUGAAGGAGAUAGAAUAAAUGUUACCUCAGAUAUCUACUUUUACAUCUCUAUUUGUUUAACAAAAUGCUUAAAUAUUAGAAUUGCAAGACUUGAUGAUAUUAUAAAAUAACAUUAUUGAUAAAGUUCUAAACCGAAAGGACAUCAAAAUAAACAACAUAAUCUUGGCAAGAGAACCAAAAUAAUAAAAACAAUACACUAAUGAUUUACCUUUUGAAUCAUCCUAACUUCUUGAUAAUUUACUUAGAUUAACGAGAUAAUAAGUAAACAUAUUAACAGAAAGUUUUAUUCAUGAGUUAUUAUUAUGA